GAUAAGUGCCGAUAACGUCUAAAAAGGUGCCUGCUGCUUCGAUUGGCUCCUCGUGCAGCUGGGACAGCAUCUGCACAGAUAUAUUGCCCUCCCAUCAUCACCAUUGCCCUGUUGGUCCCCAGGAGCUCCAGCAGGACCGUGCUGUGAGGGCAGGAGCCUCAGGAUGGGGACAGAGGGACUCCUGUCCCCUUGGGUGCUGUGGCUGCUUCUCUGGGUGCAGCCUUGCAGAGGGGCUGCGGAGGUGAGGCUGGCGGAUGGCGGCAGGCGCUGUGCUGGGAGAGUGGAGGUGAAACUCCAGGGCCAGUGGGGGACUGUGUGCGGUUAUUCGUGGGACAAGGACGAUGCUGCAGUGGUUUGUAGGCAGCUGGGCUGUGGGGUUCCUCUUGAAGCUCCUCAGUAUGGACACUUUGGGCCAGGAUCUGGCCCCAUUUGGAUGGCUGCUGUUCAAUGUCGUGGCACCGAGUCUGCCCUGUCUGACUGCACAUACGCAGAAUGGGGUCAAACAGACUGCAAUCACAGGGACGACGCUGGAGUGACAUGCUCAGGAUUUGUCCGGCUGGUCGGAGGGGACAGCCCCUGCUCAGGAAGUGUGGAGGUCUACGAUAGGGACCAGUGGAAAGCUGUCUGUGACUCCCACUUUGGAGACAAAGCUGCCGAGGUGGUCUGCAGGGAGCUGCAGUGUGGCACAACCCUGUCCGUCCACGGGGCAGCUCACGUGGGAGAAGGGGCCGGUUCUGUCUGGGACAGAGAGCUGCAGUGUGUGGGGAAUGAAUCCGUCCUCUCCUUCUGCCCCACGGGCGCCCCCAGGGACCAGCCCUGCACCCACGGCAAUGGCACUCAUGUCACCUGCACACAGUACACAGGGUUCAGGCUGGUGAACGGCAGCACAGCGUGUGCGGGCAGGGUGGAGGUCGAGGUGCUGGGGACGUGGGGGACCCUCUGUGCCUCCCGCUGGGACCUCUCGGAUGCCCACGUUCUCUGUCAGCACCUCGGCUGUGGCUUUGCUGAGUCCAUUCCUGGAGGAGGGCAUUUUGGGAGAGGAACCGGCCCCAUCUGGAGAGACUCGUUCUACUGUGAAGGGACUGAAGCCCACCUGGGGCAGUGCCCGGUGACUGCCCUGGGGGCCUCGCUGUGUUCCCACGAGAACGCUGCUGCUAUCAUUUGCUCAGGCCCGGCUCGCCCCAUGUCCCUGCGGCUGGUGGGCGGAGGGAGCCGGUGCGACGGGCGCGUGGAGGUCUUCCAGCACGGGACGUGGGGCAGAGUCCUGGAUGAGCAGUGGGACAAGCAGGAGGCCAGUGUGGUGUGCCGGCAGCUGCAGUGUGGAGAGGCAGAGGCAGCCUACACCCCUGUGAGAGCCGAGCGAGGACGGGGCCCCGUGGGGCUGCACGGGGUGCGGUGUGCAGGGCAUGAGAGUAACCUGAGCCUCUGCAACACCUCCCUGCUCGCGAGCGCAAUGGCAGCAGGGAUCGCAGAGGACGUGGGGGCCGUGUGCUGGGGGAGCCGGCGGGUCCGGCUGGCGGACGGGGCUGGGCGCUGUGCCGGGAGAGUGGAGAUCUACUACCAGGGGCGCUGGGGCACCGUCUGUGAUGACGCUUGGGACCUGGCUGACGCCGCCGUCGUUUGCCGCCAGCUGGGCUGCGGAUGGGCCCUGGAGGCAGCCGGCUCCGCUCGGUUUGGGGAGGGCUCCGGGCAGAUUUGGCUGGAUGGCGUCAACUGCUUCGGGGCCGAAGCUGCUCUCUGGGACUGCCCUGCCGAGGCCUGGGGGCAGCACGACUGCGGGCACAAGGAGGACGCGGGAGUCGUCUGCUCAGAGUUCAUGGCCCUGAGGCUGGAGAACAACAACAGCUGCUCCGGACGCCUGCAGGUUUUCUACAACGGAAUGUGGGGCAGCGUUUGCUCCAACUCGAUGACUACCGAGACGGUGUCACUGGUGUGCAAGGAGCUGGGCUGCGGGAAUGAAGGGAACCAGGAAAUAAUCUUAAACUAUGCCAAGCUGUCUGGCACCGCGUGGCUGGAUCAUGUGGAGUGUGGGAAGAGCAACAGCUCCUUCUGGCAGUGUCCCUCUGAUCCCUGGCAUCCGCAGUCAUGUGAUGACCUCCGAGAAGAGACCCACAUCACCUGCAAUGGUAAAUCUGAGCCAUCAAGGCACCAGGUCCUGCUCUCCACUGGGUAUGGUGAAAUGCAGAGAAGGAACCCAGAGGGGCUUUGA